AUGAAUACUACUGUGGGGUUCGAUGUUUCCGGGUUCAUCGAGCAAGAGGCCUUCUACGCUGUACAGGACUACUGCGUCACUGCCGUAGCUAUGACUAUAAUAUGGCACUACGUGCUCACACUGGAUAAGGAAAUUGCCUACUUCUGGAGACGCAAGCCGACCGGCGCAUGUGCGCUCUUCCUCGCGAACCAGCGGAAUCCACUUCCUAGCCUGCUCACCGUCUACAACUCGCUCCGCCUCCUAUUUUUCUUGCUCUCGAUCACACUAAACAACAACACCACGAAUUACGCGAGUACCCUCACGAAAUUAGUUGAGCCACUCAUUGGGAUCCUGAUGACGCGCUUCCUCAUCCAGCUGCAGGAGGCAGCCUUCGGCGCGGCUGCGGAGGGCUACGAUUCUGGGUCCACCGCGUCAAUCAGCACUCUGCGCUUUGUGCGCGCAGAUGUGGACAAGUGGGUACGGGACGAGUGUGGGUCCCUUCCGGGGAUGGGAGAGGGUACAGGGCAAGGGGACAUGCAGUGGGGCGAAGAGUGCAUUGAUGCGCUCGAAUGCGUGCGGCGGAAGCUCGGUGCGUUCGAAGAAUACAUGCCGGAGGAUGUCGAAGACGGACACAUCUGA